GCGUGUACUUUGUGUCCCACAUCGAAGAUCUAACCACACCCGUAAAUGCCAGAAACAUUGCUGCAUUCUCCGCCAUCUAUUAUGGAUUAUGGAUGACGGCAGCUCUGUAUUUAAAACUCCGUUACCCUUUGGGAAUAAUAUUUGCUGUUUUAUUUCCCCAUUGCUAAUCUUAUCAAGAGGAUUAAAACGUCGAAGAAGGGCCAGACGGAAUCGCCUGUUUGGUGCCUCGAAGUAUUUCUUCUGUUGUUUGAUGUGGUUGUCUGUUCUGGCAUAUGGCCUACACUACAACACAAGUAUUGAAAUUGAUGGUGAGGAAAUUCCCCUUGGGGACGUUUUUAAAAAUAUUUACAGAUCAUCUGUUUGGGAAAACCCGGUGGGGAAUUUGAAAAACGUAUACCACACUUUAGAACAUGACGGAAUAGAGGAGCUGCUGUUUCAGAUGAAAGAUAUAUUUGACGUGAAAGGACAAAACAAAGCAUACUACAUUCUAAACCUGAGCUUAACUGCAAGUGAAAAAGAAAUCAGAAUUCGAUGUCGCAGUUUGAGCAAAGAGUAUCACCCUGACCGAUACAAGGACCAAAAAGACAAAGACGAAGCACAAGAUAAAUUCAGUGAGAUUCAAAUAGCAUGCGAGGCGCUUUCUUCCCAGAAAGCCAAACGUAAAAAACUGAACCGACGUUCCGAAACUACAGACAGAGAAACCAUACACACUGUUGGCGAAACUGACCAAGAUCUGGAAAACGAAGGAGGUAACGAUGAUGUUGAAGAUGAAUUAAAAAAGAGCAUGGAAGACUAUGUAGAGGAAACUUAUAGAGAAGAAAAUGAGGAUUUUGAUGCAGACGACGUAGUAAACGGCGAAGUUAAUAAAGAGAAAGAUAAAAAUGAUAAUUACAAAAAGGAUAGAGAUCUUUAAGUUGACGACGUUUUGUUCAUAGAUCUAAUUAUACUUUAUGUGAAUCUUCUCAAUGCCCAAUUUUGCGAUUGCUUCCAUGUAUGUCAAUAAUUAUAAAUGAAAA